CUCUCUUCGAUGUCAAUGAAUAAAACUAAAAGCGUCAUGCCAUUGGUGAAGAAGCGUUAGAGCUCGGAGCUGUAAUGGCAGAGAACAAGGACCUUAACACUGUGAUCAGAAGGGUUGCUUCUCUAACCAACCACCUCGUACCUUCUCCUCAUACUUGCAGUGUAGCAGGUGAACUUGUGUUGUUCAACACUUGUAGUUCUGGUUCUGGUUCUGGUUCCAGGAAUGAUAGCUACCAACGGGUUCAUGGUGAUGUUCUCUCUCACGACGUCGUUUGGAGGACAGCUUCUGAUGAGUCUGGCAAGGACUUCACUGAUAUUGUUUAUGAAAAGGCUGUUGGAGAAGGAAUAGCCAAGAUUACUAUUAAUAGACCAGAGAGAAGGAAUGCCUUCCGUCCCCAUACUGUUAAGGAGCUUAUUCGUGCUUUCAAUGAUGCUAGGGAUGAUAGCUCUGUUGGGGUCAUCAUUCUCACUGGGAAGGGAACCGAGGCAUUUUGUAGUGGUGGUGAUCAGGCUUUGAGGACCGAAGAUGGUUAUUCUGAUUAUGAAAAUAUUGGUCGCCUUAAUGUGUUAGACUUGCAGGUGCAGAUCCGCCGCCUUCCUAAACCAGUAAUUGCAAUGGUACUCUCCGUACCUCUUUGCACCUUUAUUCUUGAAUAUAACUGGUGGGCUUAUGUCAAUGUCUGCAAUUCUAGGCCUCAAAAUUCCAGUUAUGCAAUUGGAGGAGGGCAUAUUUUACAUAUGGUCUGUGAUCUAACCAUUGCAGCAGAUAAUGCCAUCUUUGGCCAAACUGGUCCUAAGGUAGGAAGCUUUGAUGCUGGUUAUGGAAGUUCUAUCAUGUCCCGUUUGGUAGGUCCCAAAAAAGCACGUGAAAUGUGGUUUCUCACAAGGUUCUAUACUGCUAUUGAAGCAGAGAAAAUGGGCCUUGUCAAUACUGUUGUACCACUAGAGAAUUUAGAGAAAGAAACAAUAAAAUGGUGUCGGGAGAUACUAAGGAACAGCCCAACUGCAAUUCGGGUUCUCAAGUCAGCUCUUAAUGCAGUGGAUGAUGGGCAUUCUGGACUUCAGGAAAUUGGUGGAAAUGCAACACUGAUAUUUUAUGGCACUGAGGAAGCUAACGAGGGAAAGACUGCAUAUAUGCAACGUAGACGUCCGGAUUUUUCCAAGUUUCAUCGGCGACCUUAAAUUCAAACGUAUUUAUGUCAAUUGUUAUCAAUUUGAGGCAUGGACUCUAAAUGUUUUGUCCUACUUGUUAAAAAGGAUGAACCACUUAAUAUGAGAGAUUUCCACAUAUUUUUUGAAUACUUACUUUUGAUCAUGCAUCUUUUGAAAUUCAUUUU